AUGAUCGCCUCUAGCACUGAAGGUCUCAAAGCUGAAAGUCCCCUGUUCCGAGUUUGCUGGUUCCGAAUGGUGCUCGAUGAAGACACAGCAAGUCCACUAAUGUCCGACUCCGAUGCAGUCCACACUAUUCGCAGUGGUUCAAUCAAGAAGUUAUACCAGACCGCCGCGAGGCUUGACAAACAAAUUGGAAGAUCUAGGCUCUCUUGUCUCUUCCUGCGCAUUCCUCAGCUUGAUACUGCAGCCACCUUCAGGAAAAAUGUCAUUCAACCUCUCAUGAAAAGUACUGGCGCGGGAUCAGAAAGUCUACGUCUCCUCCUCGACUCAAUAUGUUUGCGUCGUUCCAGAAAGCUUUUGGACCUUCCCGAGACCAAUGUCAAUGACAGGGUUCUCGAGUUCUCCGAGGCCCGAGAAGGAGCAGUACCUAUCCGCUGA